AUGUGAGGCGGUCCCCGCGGCCCGGCUGGCGUGAGGCGGGGUCGGGGUCGGCCGCGGUGGGGACCGCGAGGCGAUGGCGCCGGCGGCGUCCAGGCUGCGGGCGCGUGCCGGGCUUCGGGCGCUGCUGCAGCGGGCGCUCGUCCAGUACUUGCGCCUCCUGCGGCUCUACCCAGUGCUCACCAAGGCGGCCACCAGUGGCAUUUUAUCAGCACUUGGGAAUUUCCUGGCCCAGAUGAUGGAGAAGAAGCGGGAAAAAGAAAACUGCUCUCAAAAGCUAGAUGUCAGUGGCCCUCUCAGAUACGCCAUUUAUGGGUUCUUCUUCACAGGGCCACUGAAUCACUUCUUCUACCUCUUCAUGGAACACUGGAUUCCUCCUGAGGUCCCUUUGGCUGGGGUCAAGAGGCUUCUCCUGGACCGCCUCCUCUUUGCACCAGCUUUCCUGCUAUUGUUCUUCCUCAUCAUGAACUUCCUGGAGGGGAGAGACACAGCUGCUUUCGCUGUCCAGAUAAGGAGAAGCUUCUGGCCAGCACUGUGCAUGAACUGGCGAGUCUGGACCCCAGCACAGUUCAUCAACAUCAACUACGUCCCUUUGCAGUUCCGAGUGCUUUUUGCCAACCUGGUGUCUCUGUUCUGGUACAUCUACCUGGCCUCUCUGGGGAAGUGAAGAUGACCUGGAGUGAAUGCAGAUGCACACUGCCCAUGUGGGUCUAGGGACCCACCUGCUUAGGGUGAGGGAACAGAAAUGAAUAACUUAUCUGAUUCCAGAUCAUGUGAAUGGAGAUGGAGAAACAGAAAUCUUUUAAUGUAAGAAUCUUGUGUUUUAAAAAGUCAGGAACUGUCUUCAGGCAAUGCUGCCUUAGAAUCAUAAAAUACAGCAGUGUUGACCUCUCUCUUACCACCUUGAAUCGAAUUAGGAUGGCAAUAAAUUAUAAUGUAGCUUUCUCUGUAGUGAUUUUUUUAGAACACUUUUGUCACUUUGGUAGAAAUGGGUGGCCAGAGGGCUGCCCGCAGACUUUUUCACUUUAAAAAAAGUUGUAAAAUCUAUAAUGCUAUUGCUUAUCUACGUGGAGCCACUGGGAAAGGGCCCUUCCAGAACAGGACUUUACCUUGACAUUUGGAGGCCUUAGGAGAAGUGUAUGCCACCCUUUCAGCUGACUUUUUUCUGCUCUUACUGCUCUUUUGUUAACCCUACUCACAUUUUUUUCAUUUUCAGUAUCCCAUUCUUGUUUUAUGGAUACAAUACCCUUGGAUCUUAAUUUUAUAUUUAAUUUAAAAAAUUUUGUCUCAUAUGCCAUUUUCUCAGGGUUCACGGGUCUUUUUUCCUGUUUGUUUUGCUCUUUAUUUUUCCAAUCAGGAUUUCCCCAAAAGUCUACUGAUUAUACCUAAGUCCUUAAGAGUCAGCCAUUCAGGCAGUGCCUUCACUGUGGACUAACCAAGCAUGGAGCCAGUUUUGUUGAAGAUCACUCAUUUUGAGUAACUGAGGCCUUUUCUCUUAGACUAGCCUGUUUCCCCAGAGAAGAAUUCUUUAAUUUUUUGCCUAGGGGAAGGGUCAUGGUUGUAGUAGAGCAUGGUAUAAGUCUAGUGGCCAACACUGUUGUAGCUAACUAGAGGAAAAGAGGUCCUGUUAGUAUAAUCUCAGCUGUCUGGUGUUCUCAAUCCAUAGUCCUUCUGGUUUAAAUCCUCUGGAAUGAAAGUCUUCUGCCAUGAUGGAGGUGAGGUAUUCACCUGAAGAUACAGGUAACAGAGGGAGUAUAGAGGACAACCUCUUACAUGUUUUUCAAUCAUCCUUUGUUCAAUCCCACACCUUUCCUCAGAGGUGCGGCUACUGCCUAUAACUCCCAGAUUCUCCCAGACUCACUGAACUAACUGAGCUUGCUUCUUGGCUUCCUGCAAUGCUGGCAGCUGAUGUUCCAUCUUCUCAGGUCAAAAAUGAUCUGAUUUCCAGCUUCCAAUAUUUUGUCAACCAAUCUUUUUGUUUUAUUUCUUCUUAUGGGCUUGUCUUUUUUUUUUUUUUUUUUUCCUCUUAAAAAUGUUUUUACUGGGUACUUGGGUGGCUCAGUUAAGUAUCUUGAGUCUUGAUUUCAGAUCAGGUCUUGAUCCCAGGGUUGUGAGUUCAAGCCCCAUGCUGGUGUGGAGUGUACUUAAAAAAAAAAAAUUAGGGAUCCCUGGGUGGCGCAGCGGUUUGGCGCCUGCCUUUGGCCCAGGGCACGAUCCUGGAGACCCGGAAUCGAAUCCCACGUCAGGCUCCUGGUGCAUGGAGCCUGCUUCUCCCUCUGCAUAUGUCUCUGCCUCUCUCUCUCUCUCUGUAUGACUAUCAUAAAUAAAAAAUAAGGGGAUCCCUGGGUGGCGCAGCGGUUUGGCACCUGCCUUUGGCCCAGGGCACGAUCCUGGAGACCCGGGAUCGAGUCCCACAUCAGGCUCCCGGUGCAUGGAGCCUGCUUCUCCCUCUGCCUGUGUCUCUGCUUCUCUCUCUCUCUCUCUCUCUCUCUCUCUGUGACUAUCAUAAAUAAAUAAAACUCUAAAAAAAAAUAAUAAAUAAAUAAAAAAUAAAAAAAUA